CCUGGACCAAUCUGCUCCCUCGCGGGCUCGCGGGCUCGCCCAGGCUCGCCGCCGUCCACGUUCUUGCUCUGCUCUCUCUGUUCAUAGCAGGGCUCCAUCCAAUCGGCCGCCUGGUCGUCUCGCCAUUUGGUCCAAGACGACCUCGUCGUCGUCUUCCCCUUCUCCACCCUUCUCCCGUUCUCCGCUCUCCGCCUCCCCGGGGUGGGGUGGACAACACCCCCAGUCCACUCCCACCGGACCCAAACCCUACUUAAACUCCGCCACGGUUCCUCUGCUCCGACCCAGACCCACCAGAGCAGGCGACGCGACGGAGGGGGGAAUCGCCGAAAUGCCCUCCGUGCUCUACCUCCCCCUGCUCCUGCUGCUCGCCGCCUCGGCGGCGGCGGCUGCUGCUGCAGAUGCCGUGGACCCGUCGGCGCACGAGGCGCUGUUCGACGCGUGGUGCGUGGAGCACGGCAGGGCCUACGCCACGCCCGAGGAGCGCGCGGCGCGGCUCGCGGUGUUCGCCGACAACGCGGCCUUCGUGGCGGCGCACAACGCCCGCGCCAGCGCCAGCGCCAACGCCAACGCCGCAGGCGGCGGCGGGUCGGCCCCGUCCUACACGCUCGCGCUCAACGCCUUCGCGGACCUCACGCACGACGAAUUCCGAGCCGCGCGCCUCGGCCGCCUCGCGGCCGGCCGGGCCGGGGCGACGCUCCGGAGCGCCGGCCCGCCCCUGUACGGGGGGCUCGGCGGCGGCGUCGCCGCGGUGCCCGAUGCGGUGGACUGGAGGAAGAGCGGGGCCGUCACCAAGGUCAAGGACCAGGGCAGCUGCGGAGCCUGUUGGAGCUUUUCCGCUACAGGUGCUAUUGAAGGAAUAAACAAAAUCAAGACAGGCUCGCUGGUUAGUCUUUCUGAACAGGAACUAAUUGACUGUGACAGAUCAUACAAUAGCGGCUGUGGUGGUGGCCUCAUGGACUAUGCUUUUAAGUUCGUGGUUAAAAAUGGUGGAAUUGACACAGAGGAGGAUUAUCCCUAUCGUGAAGUAGAUGGAACAUGCAACAAGAACAAGCUGAAAAGGCGAGUUGUGACAAUUGAUGGUUACUCUGAUGUUCCUUCCAACAAAGAGGACUUAUUGCUCCAGGCUGUUGCCCAGCAACCAGUUAGCGUGGGAAUAUGUGGCAGCGCCAGAGCAUUUCAGCUAUACUCCAAGGGUAUCUUUGAUGGUCCAUGUCCAACAUCUCUUGAUCAUGCUGUGCUAAUCGUGGGUUAUGGCUCCGAAAGUGGCAAGGACUACUGGGUCGUGAAAAAUUCUUGGGGUGAAAGUUGGGGAAUGAAGGGCUACAUGCAUAUGCACCGGAACACUGGUGAUUCCAGUGGUCUCUGCGGUAUAAACAUGAUGCCAUCAUUUCCUACCAAAACAAGCCCGAAUCCUCCUCCUUCACCAGGCCCUGGCCCAACCAAAUGCAGUCUGCUUACCUACUGUCCUGAAGGAUCCACUUGUUGUUGCUCAUGGCGCAUCUUGGGCUUUUGCCUUUCUUGGAGCUGCUGUGGACUGGACAAUGCAGUUUGCUGCAAGGAUAACCGUUACUGUUGCUCUCAUGACUAUCCUAUUUGCGAUACAGUUCGCGCCCAGUGUCUUAGGGCCAAUGGCAACUUUUCUGGUAUAGAAGGAAAGAAGCAGUCUUUCUCUAAAAUUCCCUCUUGGAAUGGUUUGUUGGAACUGAUGGAUUACAUUAAUGCGAAUCUAUUCUCGCAGGUCAAUACGCUGCGGUUGUACCUCACUUGCAUCCGGAACACUCUGGAGGCGGCGAUGUGCCUCCAGCAGGCGGGCAAUAGUAGAAGGCAUAAGCUCAGUUCUCUUACUCUCAAGUGUUUGAGACUAUUUGCGCAACGAAAAAUGAGCAUCAAAGCCAUUAACGGGAAGAGCCCCAUAGUGGUUGGACCAUGGGGAGGGACAGGAGGGUACCCAUGGGAUGACGGUGUGUACUCAACAAUACGCCAGAUUGUGGUCACCCAUGGUGCAGCUAUCGACUCUAUAAGGAUUGAGUAUGAUCUGAAAGGAAGAUCGGUUUGGUCAGAGACACAUGGGGGCACUGAUGGAGGCUCCGAAACAGAUAAGGUGAAGCUAGAUUUUCCAGAUGAAGUCCUCGUGUCUGUAAGUGGACACUACGGGUCUGUCUGCGGGACUCCAGUGAUCAUAAGAUCGCUAACAUUUCAGAGCAACAGUUCAAAGUAUGGACCUUUUGGCACCGAAGAUGGGACGCCUUUCUCACUUCCUGUGAGCAGUGGCAAGAUCAUUGGAUUUCAUGGAAGGUCUGGGUCAUAUCUCAACUCAAUAGGCUUUUAUCUGAAGCAAGUGCAUUUUCCAAAUCCAUUGAAUUCUCCAGCCACACCCAGAAGCCUCCCAAGUGCACAUAGUAGAAAUGGAUACAGCUUCACUAGAGGUGAUACUGGGGCUGACAUGGUCCUUGCUGUGCGAGAUAGAGGCGACAGCUAUGCUGUUUAUGCUAGCAAUCAACCAAAACAGUAUGCAAACCCAUCACCAGACUACAGUGAUGGAGCUGUCUGGAACAAGAUGGUUUCUUUCCCCAGUUACCAUGGAGAUAGAGGAGCUGCAGCCAUGAGCAGCCCUCAGACUUACGGUCCCUGGGGUGGAAGUGGUGGCACCAUCUUUGACGAUGGGAUCUACACUGGUGUGUGGCAGAUCAAUUUGACACGUGCAGUGGGAAUUUCUUCCAUGAAGGUGUUGUAUGAUCGAAACGGGCAGGCAGUAUGGGGCAACAAGCAUGGAUUCAGCGGAGGUGUUUCACCUGACAAGAUAGUGUUCGAUUUCCCAUCAGAGGUAUUGACUCAUAUUACUGGGUUUUAUGACUCGGCGAUAAUCAUGGGCCCGACCGUGGUCAGAUCGCUCACAUUCCACACAAACAAGCGAACGUACGGACCAUACGGGGAUGAGUGUGGCACAUACUUCUCGACGAGUUUUACCGAUGGAAGGAUAGUAGGAUUUCAUGGCAGGGAGGGGUGGUACAUCGAUGGCAUUGGAGUUCAUGUGCAGGAAGGCAAGGUGGCCCCACAGCGAUUUGGAGUUCAUGUGCAGGAAGGCAAGGUGGCCCCACAGCGAUUUGUUAGUAGACCGACGACAACCGCUACUAGCCCAUCAUUUCAUUACAACAUGCUUGCUCAAGCGCAGAGUGAUACGUAUACAAACAAUGAGGUUGCUUAUGGCAUGGUGAAAGAACCGGUUCCAAUGGGACCAGGGCCAUGGGGCGGGGAGGGAGGCCGGCCAUGGGAUGACGGCGUCUACACCGGGGUGAAACAAAUCUACAUCAUGAGAGGUGCUUUCAUCGGGUCGAUUCAGGUUGAGUAUGACAGAGAUGGAUACUCCAUCUGGUCUGCAAGGCAUGGGAACAGCGGCCACAUAACCCACAGGGUGAAGCUGGACUACCCCCACGAGGUGCUGACGUGCGUGUACGGCUACUACAACACGAGCAUGGAGGACGGGCCCCGGGUCCUGAGGUCGCUGACGUUCAUCACCAACCGGGGCAAGUACGGGCCGUUCGGUGAUGAGGCCGGCGCCUACUUCUCGUCGGCGAUGACGGAGGGGAAGGUGGUGGGCUUCCACGGCCGCAGCGGGCAGCACCUGGACGCCAUCGGCGUGCACAUGCAGCACUGGCUCGUGGACAGGAGGCCUGCCCCCAAGUACGUGCUGUCGAAGUACCUCUUCUGAAUUCUGAUUGCCGGGCAGGUCAAAAUAGUAUGUAGUUUCAGCUUAUAAGAGAUGUAAUUUUGGGCGUUGUUUGGUGGCGGCAUUUGAGUUCAUUUCCCCGUAUCCAGGGCGGACUUCUCGAAUGGUGAUUUUUAUUGCAUAACUAGGAAACGCUAUCAAAUUUAAUAGAUGUAAAUUGCCCGAUUACCUCCUUUUCUGUUGAAUUUGAAUACACUGUCAGUA